AGUAGCGAAGCUUGGGAGUGCUGAAAUUCUGUCAAGAGAUUUUCAGAUACCUCCACAAGCACCACACCCUCCUCCGCACACACAUACCCACACACUCUUCACACGGUGGUUCACUAUCCACACAAUGGUGACCAUUUCCACAAUUGUCUAAAGGGAACAUUGUAUCCUUGGACGUCUGACGUUAAAAGACCCGAAAUGGUCGAUUAGCUCAGGGUGCUACGUAGGUGUUGAUUAGUUUACUGCAGGCCUUAGUUUCUAUUUUCUUGGCAAUCAGCACUUCGUUGUGCUUAAGGACCGCGUCCCGUUGCCUCUUUCUUCUCUUUUCGGCAGAGGAGUGCAGUAAGGCGCUCACGAAAUGUGCAGAUAUUCGGCUGCCACGCUCACUGUAGCAACAGACGGGCAGUAUGGCGCGCAGAUGUGCUUGUGAGUAUCAUGUACAAGUUUCGACUGCCACGUUAUUUUCAUAAUCUCUUCCUUUAUUUUCUUAAUUAAUUAAUUUGGCAAAAAGAGAAUGCGAAUGGGCAAUGCGAGAUGUGUAUAAUGUCACUCGCAGCAUUCCGUGUUGCGUUGCAAACAGGAUGCGGAGACAUCCGCAAUUCUGUGCAGUUUCGGUUGCUGUGUUUCUUUUCCCCAAAACAAGAAAAGGAAAGUGGCAAUCGAAAACUGUACACAGUUCUUUAUCAAACUCAAGUGAAGAGUCGCCAAACGUAAAGCACAGAGGAAGCACAAAAGACAGCGUCUGACAGGUAUCAAGUUGAUCAAAGCAUGUUCGUAUGCUAAAUCUCCAACACAAAAACCGAUAGCAAAUAAAACACCGGUAUUCACCUCGUGAACACGUUCCUGCGAUACGUUGCAAAUACAAACACAGAGUGCUUCCAAAGACACUGUAAGACAUCUCGUGAGCAGUUUCGUUUGCUCCUUUUGGCGAACACAAAGACACAAGAGGCAACUCAAAUGUGCGCAUUUCUAAUGAGCACGUCUCUGUGCUACCUUUCUAAAAGCAGCAGAUUACAGUGCUUACGUAAGUGCACUUUCGGUCACCACAAUAGUUUGUCCGGCAAUUUGGCGAGCAUAUGUGCUUCAGAAAUUUGUUACGUUUACAACUACCAGGUUAUUAGUUUUUUUUCUUUACUUUAGUUCCUUCUUUGUUUGAUUUGUUUUUCUCUCUUCCCUCUUCUAUGGAUUAUUUAUUCUCUCUUAACUUCUUUAUUUUUUAACGUUUCUUUUGUUUCUUGGCCAUUAGUGCAGUGUAGCUUUUUUCAACUUGAGGCGGUCUUUGAGACAGCUUGCGACGUCCACCGGGUGAAAAUUGAAGGAAAGCUGUUAGGGCUCUGAAGGUCGCUCGCGUAGAGACGCAGCGUCGAGCGGUGCGCAAGCACGCUCACCACACACCCGUCCCGUCGCCUCGCAGCCAGCAAGCUACUCGCGAGGGAGGAGCUCCCUUCGGUCGAGUCGAGACGUGGGACCGCGCGGAUAUUGCAGCUGCGUCGCCGUGUGCACUGGCACGACGACCUAGCGGAAUACAGUCGGCAGCAACGGGUGUACAGACACACCGCUGCCGAGCGAUGGCGACGCACACCUUCGAGAGGUUGCGCGCACGCGCGAGGACCUUGGUGCCCGUCCUGGUAAACAUGCACCUGCGGAUGGAGAUGAUGGCACCAUGCAGUGGGGCUGCUGGUAGCCGAGCCGCCCGGACGCACGCGUGAGGAUCACGGUGCGCCGCGGCACAUGCGCGAAGACGCACGGACCGUACCGCGGAGGUACCGGCCAUGCUGCCGCGCGACGUGACGAUGCCGCCAACGAAUGCUGGCCAGUUGAGAUCCUGGUCAGCGGCGGACGGGAACAACGCACCGGAGCGGUGCACGAGGCUUCCAUGCGGUGCGAAGCAAACGUACCCGUUUGUGCUGUCCUCGGUGUGGAGACUGCUGGCGCGGGCUGCGCAGAGUCUUUCACCGGCGACGCCGCAACGUCGUCGCACACCGCCACCGCUCGUGGCGUUCGUCGUGUGUCACGCCAGGACACCGACGUUGCACGAGGGGGCGAAGAUGGUCGGCCGAGUGACGCGUUCGUCAUCGGGACCAUGCUGCAGGGGUUGCCGGCCGCCACACGAUGUGGGACGCGCAACCGAGCAGCACGCGCCGCUAGGCAUAGCGGCGGUAUGCGCACCGAUGUAG